CGUAAUUAAACAUGGCGUCGUCCUCUUCGGUAGGACGCGUUUUGACUCUGUGCAAACAGUUUCAGAGCGUCUUCAGGAUAUCUCCAGCGAUAAACGUUCAGCACCUCUCCAUAAAUCUGAAAAUCUGCCAGCAAAAUCUUCUAAGUGAAAGAAUCUCCCUGAUUGCCCCUCCCUGGAUCUCUCCCAUCAACUCUGUGGCUCAGCAUCGAGCUCUGCACACGAGCGUCAGCAGAAGAGGCCUGGAAGAGUUCUUUGAUAACCCUGAGAACUGGGGAGAGUCCACUGUGAAGUCAGGAGCUCCAUGGACAGCAAAACAGCUGAGAACAAAGAGCAAUGAGGACUUACACAAACUCUGGUAUGUGCUGCUGAAGGAAAGGAACAUGCUGCUAACACUGGAGCAGGAAGCAAAAAGACAGAGGGUCCAGAUGCCGAGUCCUGAACGGCUGAGGAAGGUGGAGCGGUCAAUGAUCAGGCUGGACACGGUGGUGAACGAAAGGGAGACGGCAUUACGUCUGCUGCAGACGGGACAGGAGAAAGGCCGACCGGGAGCCUGGAGGAGGAACAUGUUCGGAUUUGAAUACUGGUAUCGCUUCAAGGAGUAUGCAAUUCCGUGGUACAUGAAUAAAAGAUAUAAGCGCAAGAAAUUCUACACACCCUACUUCGUCCAGCCUCACAUAAGGUUGCGUAUUGAGAAAUUCCUUCGGGAAAAAGCCAGGAGAGCAGAUUUAAAGAGGAAAAGCUUGGCCAAAUUAAAGGAGAGGUUUCCUCAGAUGAAGGUUCCAUCUUCAUGAAACUGCAAAACUUUUUUUUUCCCCCAGUGGAGUAUGCUAUAAAAGAGUGACCUGAUUGAGUUCAUGAAAUUUUGUUAAACAAGAUAAACUGC